AUGGCCAACUGCUUAUUCGCGCCCCCUGACUCGUCAGAAAUCUCAGUGUCCACCCGCUUCCGCAGUGGGUCGGAGCAUUUUACCAUGUUCUUGCGCCCCGACUUUUCCUUGGAAGAUAUCCAAACCCCAUGUCUGAUCGAGAUGCUCAAGGUUAUUUUCCCCGGCCGGCUCAGGUCGCCUAGAGGACCGGGUCACCGGCCGCCACUACGCAUCCCCUGUUAA